AUGGCUGACGAAACCGGAGAGCAAAGGAGGACUUUAAAGGAUUAUGCCUCACCUACGGUCCAAGGGUCAACAUCAAGCAUUAGGAGGCCAACCAUACAAGCGAACAAUUUUGAAAUUAAGCCUUCCCUAAUUCAGAUGCUUCAAAACGCUGUCCAAUUCGGUGGAUUACCGAAUGAUGAUCCCAAUAUCCAUUUAGAUGCUUUUCUUGAAAUUUGUGACACCAUAAAAUAUAAUGGUGUUACUAAUGAUGCCAUUAGGUUAAGAUUGUUCCCUUUUUCAUUGCGUGAUAAAGCUAAGUCAUGGUUAACUUCCCUUCCUGCAGGAUCUAUCACGACUUGGGACGACUUAGCUCAAAAAUUUCUUAGUAAGUACUUUCCUCCCGCUAAAUCUGCCAAGAUGCGUAACGAUAUUUCUACUUUUGUGCAUAUGGAUGGUGAAUCUCUGUAUGAAGCAUGGGAGAGGUUUAAAGAAUUACUAAGGCGUUGUCCGCAUCAUGGUCUACCAGUUUGGAUGCAAGUGCAUACAUUUUAUAAUGGAGUGAUGCCGAAUUUGAGGUCUACCAUUGAUGCUGCAGCUGGAGGGACGUUGAACAACAAAUCACCUAAGGAAGCCUUUGAUCUUUUAGAAGAGAUGGCAUCUAAUAGCUACCAAUGGCCAACCGAGCGGCUAUCUACUAGAAAGCCAAGUGGAAUUUAUGAAGUCGGUGACAAGAAUGCCAUUGCCGCACACUUUGCUGCUUUAAACAAAAAGAUUGACUCAGUUUUGAAGAUUCAAGGCUCAACUUGUGAAUUUUGUAAUGGAAGCCAUGCUAGCAGCGAAUGUCAAGUAGGUAAUCCUUUUGCACAUCCUCCUGAAAAUACUAACUUUGUUGGAAAUUUCAGCAGGCCUCUACGAAACAACCCUUAUUCAAACACUUACAAUCCUGGAUGGCGAAAUCACCCAAAUUUCUCAUGGAGCAACCAAAAUCAGCAAGGGCUGAGACCAACGCCACCAUCAUUUAGGCCUCUUGAGGAGAAACAGCACGGCCAUCUUGAGGAGAUGGUUACUAAACUAGCUCAAACAACUCAAGACUUCAUUAAAAGUGCUGAUGUGAGGUUCCAAAAUCAAGAGGCAUCUAUUCGAAAUCUGGAGAAGCAAGUUGGCCGGUUAGCGAAUCAUUUGUCCGAAAGACCGUAUGGUGCCCUUCCGAGCAACACCGAGAAGAAUCCAAUUGAGAAUGCAAAAGCAAUCAUCUUGAGGAGUGGGAAAGAAGUUAGCAUAAACUUGUCUAAUGAAGCAACAGAAAAAAAGAAAGAAACCACACCACCCGAAGCCGAAGCACCCGAAAUCAAGCCCCGCAAAGCCGAUCCACCUCGAAGCAAGUUAUUUCCGGAUAAUCCAAAGCUAUAUGUGCCGCCAAUUCCAUACCCGGAAAGACUUCAGCAACACAAAAUAGAUAAGCAGUUCUCUAAAUUCCUUGAUGUUUUUAAGAAAUUGCACAUUAAUAUUCCUUUUGCGGAUGCCUUAGCCCGGAUGCCUAGUUAUGCUAAAUUUUUGAAGGAGAUUUUAGCAAACAAACGAAAAUUGGAAGAUUAUGAAACUGUGAAGCUUAAUGAGGAGUGUUCAGCUAUUUUGCAGAAUAAGUUACCACCAAAGUUGAAAGAUCCAGGGAGUUUUACUAUUCCUUGUACUAUUGGUAAUUCUUAUUUUGAUAAGGCAUUGUGUGAUUUAGGUGCAAGUAUUAAUCUAAUGCCUCACUCUGUUUUCAGGAAAUUAGGUUUGGGAGAAGUAAAAGCUACCACUGUAUCUCUUCAAUUAGCCGAUCGAUCGAUCAAAUACCCAAGAGGAAUAGUGGAGGAUGUUCUAGUUAAGGUUGACAAGUUUAUUUUCCCUGCAAAUUUCAUUGUCUUGGAGAUGGAGGAGGAUUUCGAGGUUCCGAUCAUCCUAGGCCGACCUUUUCUAGCAACAGGGAGAGCUCUAAUUGAUGUGCAACGAGGAAAAUUAAUUCUUAGAGUUCAAGAUGACCAAGUCACCUUCGAUGUGUUCAAAGCCAUGAAAUAUGUUGCUGAACCGAAUGAUUGUUUGAGAGUUGAUGCAGUUGAUAAGCUUGUGGAAUCGGCUUUUAGUAAAGCUACAAUUGAAGACCCAUUAGAGGCGUGCUUGGUUCGGCCAAGCAAGGGAGAAGCCGAAGUUGAAGAAGUGGAGCAGUACACAAAAUUUUUGGAAGCAAAUCCACCUCUUUUGAGAUUUAGACCACCGAAAUUCGAAGAAUUAGGGUCGAACUUGAAGAAAAGGAUACCCUCUAUUGAAGAACCACCAAUUCUAGAACUCAAACCUUUACCAUCUCAUCUUAAAUAUGCUUUUCUUAAUGGUGUUUCUUCUCUUCCAGUAAUUAUUUCUUCUUCUUUGACAGGUGUGAUGGAGGAGAAGCUACUCCGAGUUUUAAGAGACCAUAAAAGAGCAAUAGGGUGGACCAUUGCAGAUAUUAAAGGAAUAAGCCCCUCGAUAUGCAUGCAUAAAAUAUUGAUGGAGGACCAAUUCAAAUCAGUCAUCCAACCCCAAAGGAGGCUCAAUCCAAAAAUGCAAGAGGUGGUAAAGGCCGAGGAAGGAAUUGUGCUAGGUCAUAAGAUCUCUAUGAGUGGAAUUGAGGUGGACCGAGCUAAGAUUGAAGUUAUUUCAAAAUUACCGCCUCCUACCUCCGUGAAGCUUGUUCGAGGAUUUUUGGGACAUGCAGGAUUUUAUAGGCGUUUCAUUAAAGAUUUUUCUAAGAUUGCUAGACCCCUUUGUAAAUUGUUAGAAAAAGAUGCUAAAUUUGACUUCUCUAAUGAUUGUUUGCAGGCAUUCAAUGCAUUGAAGGAGAAGUUAGUUUCGGCUCCUAUCAUGACUGCGCCUAAUUGGGAUUUUCCUUUCGAGUUAAUGUGUGAUGCUAGUGACUCGGCUUGUGGAGCUGUACUUGGACAAAGAAAGGAUGGAAUUUUUCGAACCAUAUACUAUGCAAGCCGCGCCUUGUCCGGAGCUCAAUUGAAUUAUGCCACAACCGAAAAGGAGCUUUUAGCGAUAGUGUUUGCUUUUGAUAAGUUCCGCUCUUAUUUAAUUGGUUCCAAAGUCAUUGUUUACACCGACCACUCUGCUCUUAAGUAUUUGCUUGAAAAGAAAGAUUCAAAACCUAGGUUGAUUAGGUGGAUCUUACUGCUGCAAGAGUUCGACUUGGAAAUCAAAGACAAGAAAGGAACAAAAAAUUUAGUAGCUGACCAUCUCUCUAGAUUGCCAAAUGCUCCUAUGGAAGAAAGACCAAUCCUAGAUGAAUUUCCUGAUGAGGCACUCUUUUCUAUCAAAAUCGAAACUCCCCGGUAUGCUGAUUAUGUUAAUUUCUUGGUGAGUAAUGUUAUUCCUCCUGAAUUGACUUAUCAACAAAGAAAGAAGUUCUUUUCUGAUGUUAAAAACUAUCUUUGGGAGGAUCCUUUUCUAUUUAAGGUAUGUGCUGAUCAAGUUAUUAGGCGAUGUAUUCCUAAUGAAGAAGUAUCCGACAUUCUCUUUCAUUGUCAUGAUGGACAGGCGGGAGGACACUUUGGUGCCUCAAAGACUGCAGCUAAGGUUUUACAAUCUGGUUUUUAUUGGCCUACACUCUUUAGAGAUGCAUAUUCUUAUGUUGCUGCAUGUGAUAGGUGUCAAAGAACUAGUAAUAUAUCUAGGAGACAUGAAAUGCCUUUAAACAAUAUCUUAAUCUGUGAAUUGUUUGAUGUUUGGGGUAUGGACUUCAUGGGACCCUUUCCACCUUCAUAUGGUAAUACUUACAUCUUGGUUGCUGUGGAAUAUGUUUCUAAAUGGGUUGAGGCCGUAGCUUUGCCUUGCAAUGAUGCUAAAGUGGUGAUUAAAUUUUUGAAAAAGAAUAUCUUUACCAGGUUUGGCAUGCCUAGAGCGAUUAUAAGUGAUCAAGGCACACAUUUUCUGAAUAAACAAGUUGAAUCACUUUUGGACAAAUAUGGUGUGACACAUAAAGUAGCUACUGCUUAUCACCCUCAAACUAGUGGUCAAGCUGAAAUUUCUAAUAGGGAGAUAAAAAGAAUAUUGGAAAAGUCGGUGAAUCAUAAUAGGAAGGAUUGGGCAAUUAAACUUGAUGAUGCAUUAUGGGCUUAUAGAACUGCUUACAAAACUCCUAUUGGUAUGUCACCUUUUCGACUUGUUUAUGGAAAAGCAUGUCAUUUGCCUGUUGAGUUAGAGCAUAAAGCAUAUUGGGCAUUACGUUUUCUCAACUUUGAUAUGCAAGCAGCUGGUGAGAAGAGAUUGUUGCAAUUGAAUGAGUUGGAUGAGCUCCGUAAUGAGGCAUAUGAGAAUGCCAAGAUCUAUAAAGAGAGGACGAAGAGAUGGCAUGAUAGACAAAUUUUAAGAAGGGAGUUUCAUAUAGGUCAAAGAGUUUUAUUAUAUAACUCACGACUUCGUCUAUUUCCAGGUAAGUUGAAGUCAAGAUGGUCCGGACCUUUCACGGUCACUAAGGUUUUCCCUUAUGGAACAGUUGAAGUUGCUAAUGACAAGGAGGGAACCUUUAAAGUGAAUGGCCAACGUCUCAAGCCCUACUUUGGAGGUGGUUUCGACUCACAGGCUGCCACCGUUACAUUGCUUUCACCUGCUUAG